GCGGGCCGCCGUAGUGAAUUGUAUCCAGAACUCUCGCCGGACAUUUUUCUUCCUCAUUAUGAUCCCCUCUCGGCCAAGUGAGGGCGUUCAAUAAUCACUCGCCAUGUUAAAUAGCUUGAUGCUUACUGAAUGCCUUGUUACAUAUCAGACCACAUGUCAUCUACCACCAGAGCCCGCAUUAUUCCCGCCAAGCGUCCCCUCCUCCGGCCGCAGUCCUCCCAAUGCUCCGUCUGUCUAAAUCCCAGCUCCAAACCGGCCGACAUCCAGAUCCGAGAACCUGCCUUCUCAGAGAAUGAUAAUGUUCAAGAAGACCAGCAAGAAAGAAGUCGCCCGGUGAUUAUCGAGUGCGAUUUCUCCAAGGCCCCGCAGCCAUUUUUGGAUCCGGAUGUUUGGAGUAGGAUGCGGAGACAGGCUCAAGAAUCAACUCAAGCACGGGAGGAUGGAUCUUCCGGUGAUUUAGAGGGGCGUGAGAGAAAAAGAGAAAGGGAAGCAGAGUAUGGAGGGCUUGCUGUCCAAGGCAGAGCGGCCAGAAGGAAGAAGGGAUAAUCAUUCCUGUCUGCUGAGAUGUAUUGAUUGGAUCUCACAUUUGAGGUCAUGACAGAUACUUGGGUCUACUGGAUACGACUAGUCACGUAUGACUACGGAGCAUACUACGGAGCAGUGUAUACGGGUUGGUAUGGGCAUAACACGACGGCGUUAGCAUGGCGUACAUAGACAUGAGAGA